AAAAACUCUAAAAACACACUUCCCAAAUCUUCUCUACACUCCACAUUUUACAUUUUCUCUCUCCUCAUAAACAUUGGUUAAACUCUACAACAGUGUGCUCUCACUCUCAGAGGCUGAGCUUCAAACUUUGUAUGGUUGGAUAAAAAUGGCGACUCGGAUAAUCGGACUCGGUGUUGGACUCGGUACCGCAACUCAGUCUCCUCCAACCUCUUCUCUUCGCUGCAGUAGCACCAGUUAUACUACUAGUAGCAGUUUUUUCUUUGUAAAUUCAUCGUUCAAUCGUCCAUUUUCUUUCCGAGUCAACUCGGUUCGACCUUCAUUUCCUUCGCUGAGUUUCAAUAAAUCGUUUUCGAUUCGAGCCGCUGCUACUUCUUCCGAUGACCUCCAAUCUUCUCAAGGCACAGGUGUUGAGAAUUUGGUGAUAAUUGGAUCAGGUCCUGCUGGAUAUACAGCAGCAAUAUAUGCAGCCCGCGCUAACUUGAAACCAGUGGUCUUUGAGGGGUUCCAAAAAGGUGGUGUACCUGGUGGACAGUUGAUGACUACGACGGAAGUGGAGAACUUUCCGGGGUUUCCUGAUGGAAUUACUGGCCCUGAUUUAAUGGACAGAAUGCGGCGGCAAGCUGAAAGAUGGGGAGCAGAGUUACACCAAGAAGAUGUUGAAUGGCUUGAUGUAAAGAAUCGUCCUUUUACUGUUCGAAGCAGUGAGCGCGAGGUAAAAUGCCAUGCUGUGAUUGUUGCCACGGGUGCCGCUGCUAAGAGGCUUCGGCUACCCCAUGAAGAUGAAUUCUGGAGUAGAGGGAUAAGUGCUUGUGCCAUAUGUGAUGGUGCAUCACCAUUGUUUAAGGGCCAAGUUCUUGCUGUGGUUGGAGGUGGUGAUACAGCUACUGAGGAAGCAGUAUAUCUGACAAAAUAUGCUUGUCAUGUUCAUUUACUUGUGCGCAGGAAUGAAUUGAGGGCAUCUAAAGCUAUGCAAGACAGAGUUUUCAACAACCCAAACAUCACUGUGCACUUCAACACAGAAACUGUGGACGUUGUUGGCAAUGCCAAAGGUCAAAUGUCUGGUGUUUUGACUCGAAGACUUGACACCGGCGAGGAAUCUGUGAUCGAGGCCAGAGGACUAUUCUAUGGUAUUGGUCAUUCUCCAAACAGCCAAUUGCUGGAAGGUCAAGUUGAACUUGAUAGUUCAGGCUAUAUUUUAGUGGAUGGCACCGCAAGCACAUCAGUAGAAGGUGUAUAUUCGGCUGGAGAUGUACAGGAUCAUGAGUGGAGACAAGCAGUUACUGCUGCUGGAUCUGGCUGCGUUGCCGCUUUGUCAGUAGAAAGAUAUCUCACAAGCCAAAAUCUUCUUAUUGAGUUUCAUCAGCCACAAAAAGAAGAGGUCAAGAAGGAACUCACUGCUCGUGAUGUACAAGAGCAUUUUGAUGUUACCCUUACCAAGCACAAAGGCCAGUAUGCUCUACGGAAGUUAUAUCAUGAAAGCCCUAGGCUUAUGUGCGUUCUGUAUACUUCACCGACUUGUGGGCCAUGUAGGACCUUGAAGCCAAUACUUAACAAGGUAAUUGAUGAAUAUGACCAGAGCGUUCAUUUAGUUGAAAUAGACAUUGAGGAAGACCCUGAGAUAGCAGAGGCUGCUGGAAUUAUGGGUACCCCGUGUGUACAAUUCUUCAAGAAUAAGGAAAUGAUAAGGUCCAUUCCAGGAGUCAAAAUGAAGAAAGAGUACAGAGAAUUUAUAGAGGCAAAUAAGUAAUGUCUCUGCAUCUUGGCACAUACCAUUGCUUUGCAGUUCAAUUUUGUACCUCGCCAACCAUAUUCUUGACUAAGAUGGUGUUGAAUUUGUACAUUAAGGAGAAUUUUUAUACACCAUAUUUAUAUAUUAGCCAUUUCUCGACCUCAUUUUUUUGACAAAUCAACUUUGUGGAAUUGUCACAGCUAGUAAUUGCUCUGGAGCAAAUAUGUCAAGUCUUAUUUGACUUCUGUAAUGGUAAUUGUAUGAUUUUUGCCUUU